AUGCGCGGCAUUCUUAGGACCAUCGCGGCCGUUGUUCUGACGCUCUCGCAUUCCUCAGAAGCGCACUCGACCAAGAGAAAUGCUCUGAAUUACAUCAGCCGCCUCGACGACCCUGUCCUGCGGACACCGUCACAUCGUGUCCAUGCUCACUCGUCCUUCGACCUGACCUUCCUGCUGCACGACGGGAGCGAACAGUUCCGCCUGACACUAGAACCUAAUCUUGAUGUAAUCGCAGACGACGCGACUAUUCAAUACUUGAACCCGGAUGGUACGGUGCGGCAUGAGGAGCCAAUCUCGCGGUCGGAACACCGGGUGUUCAAGGGCGACGCAUUCGUCCAGCAUGUAGGCCACGGCGAAUGGAUCAAGGCCGGCUGGGCGAGGAUAUCAAUGCUCCGUGACGGGAGCAGGCCGGUAUUCGAGGGCGCAUUCCGGAUAGACGGAACCGACCACCACAUACAAACGAUCACCAACUAUCGCAGGACGCAGCACCACGAUGAUCCCGUGCUUGAGUUUGCCGAGGAUGAGUACAUGGUCGUCUGGAGGGACUCUGAUGUAUCAUCCGAUUCUAGCGCGCCCGGUGAACUGAAGCGGAGUUUGGGCGGUUCGACAUGCCAGUCCGACCAGCUGGAUUUCAAUAACGAACUUGAUCAUCCUGUCCUGAGCCAUCUGGAUCUUCGAGACAUGACCCGGAAUGAAGGAGGCGCACUCUUUGGCCGGGACGGCGACACUGGUAAUACUGGCGGUAAUGGUGCCGGAGUCAACCUCGCUGGUACUAUUGGUUCAACAGAAGGUUGUCCGACCUCACGCAAAGUUGCACUGGUCGGCAUUGCCACUGACUGCACGUACACGGCGGAAUUCAACUCAAGCGAGGCCGCCCGGGCCAAUAUCAUCCAGAUGGUCAACGCCGCUUCUCAGGUGUAUGAGAGCGCGUUCAACAUCUCGUUGGGCAUUCACAACCUGAUCGUCUCCGACCGUUCGUGCCCGGGGACAACACAGGAGACCACCCCAUGGAACGUGGCCUGCAGCAACAGCGUAAGCAUCACUGACCGUCUCAACCUGUUCUCGGCAUGGCGAGGGCAGAACAACGAUUCCAACGCAUACUGGACUCUGCUCAGCACUUGUAACACGGAUGCGGCCGUGGGUCUGGCCUGGCUGGGGCAGCUCUGCGUCCAGGGCUCUACAGGUGGCGGCGGGAACGAAACGACCGCCGGUGCGAACGUGGUUGUGCGGACUUCGACGGAAUGGCAAGUCUUUGCCCACGAGAGCGGCCACACAUUCGGCGCUGUCCACGAUUGCAUCUCGUCUACCUGCUCGGACGGGUCCGUCACCAUGCAGAAGUGUUGCCCCCUGACCUCCUCCAGCUGCGACGCCAAGGGACAGUUCAUGAUGAAUCCUUCCACGGGCAGCAGCAUCACGCAGUUCUCUGCCUGCAGUAUCGGCAAUAUAUGUUCUGCAUUGGGCCGCAAUAGUGUGAAGUCACAAUGCCUAACCAACAACAAGGACGUCGUCACGAUCACCGGUAGCCAGUGCGGCAACGGUAUCGUCGAGCAGGGAGAAGACUGUGACUGCGGUGGAGAGGAAAGUUGUGGCAGCAACAGCUGUUGCGAUGCUAAAACCUGCAAGUUCAAGUCGGGUGCCGUCUGCGACCCCUCAAACGAAGACUGCUGUACACAACAGUGUCAGUUCAAGUCCUCGGGCUCGGUAUGCAGGACAAGCACCGGGGCUUGUGAUCCUCAAGAAGUGUGCACCGGAAACUCGCCAACAUGCCCGGUCGACAAGGUCGCUGACGAUGGCACAUCUUGUGGUGCGAGCGGUGCCGGUCUGACCUGUGCCUCUGGCCAAUGUACAUCGCGGGAUCUGCAGUGCAAGACCGUUGUUGGCGCAGUCACUACCGAUAACAACACCAGCGCCUGCAACUCGCAGGGCUGUCUGCUCUCGUGUGCCUCCUCGCGCCUUGGCCCCAAUACCUGCUACAACAUGAACCAAUACUUCCUGGACGGCACCCCCUGCCAGGGCGGAGGCCAGUGCAAAAACGGCCAAUGUGAGGGAGCAAGCUUUGGCAACGAGGUCGCCUCUUUCUUCAGCGACAACAAGAACAUCAUUACCCCCGUCGCCGCGUCGGUCGGCGGCCUCAUCGUGAUCGCCAUCUUCGCGUGCUGCCUCUCGGCAUGCCGCCGGAGGAGAAGGGUUAAGAAGCUCAAGUCCGUGCAGCCCAACGCGAGCUGGCAGGGCGGCUCGGCCUGGACAGCGGCGAACUUGGCGCGCCCGGCGCCUGCGGCCAGCAGGUCGCGAGGCGAGAGAGGCUCCAGUAGAGGCCCCCCGCCGGCCUACCCGCCGUACCCGUACCCAGGACAGGAGCAGUGGAACCGCGUGCCGACGGCGCGUUACGCGUAA